AUGGAAGUGGCAAAAAGUGGAUUUUUUAAUCAACUUCAUUUCUCAGAUAAGGAUAAUCGAAUAGGCAGAAACUUCAACAACGUCGUUUAUUAUCUUGAGCAAAAUUUAUGCUUAUAUAUAUCCAAUGAAGAGAAAAAUUUUAUCAAAAAAUCUCAAACUGUGAACAGGCGUUUGUCAUCAAUACAGACAAUUAUUGAUGACUCCUUGUUGAAGGUUCACGUGCAUUAA